AUGGCUUCCACGACUUCCGAUGCGGGCGAAACACCCGAGCAGGCCAUGAGCUUCGAUCCUGUUCUCCGUCGGGGCAAGAUCGCUCCGUGGCGUCAGACGUUGCAGGCUACCGACUAUCGUGUUAUGGGUCCUGCACUCUGUAUAUCGGCUGAUGGUGUAAUCCUGUCUCCUGAACAAAGAGCUGCCUUAUGGCGCCUUCACAAACAUCCUUCUGGCAUCCGAGUCCUUCACAAGUGGAAUACCCUCCGCCUACCAGUUGAAGAACUUGCUGGAUACCACGGCAUGCAUGAACACGCGCUCGUAAAUUUCACAGAUACGGUUGUCUGUGAUAUCAUCCGUGAAGGGCUGCUCUUUAUUGCAAUGAGAUUUGACUUGAAUGUCAAGCCUCUGCUUCCUCAUGACAUUAACAACAUACUCCCCGAGCUUCCCCCAGAUAUGUCCACGCUGUAUACCGAUAUACUGUCGAAAUGGAACGUCUCAGCUCCGCCUCGAAGACUGAUCAAUCCCAUUGAGCUGGUGUUAGCAUACACCCGUAACCCCCCACUGAAGAGUCUGAUCGAUACAAUUGCGAGCUCACUUUCUGUUCCUACUUUUUUGCCCAUUACGCGAAACAUGAUCUACCAGAGAGACAACGAGCGCGACAUGAUAAACCCAGAGGCGACUACUCUGGCCCAUGCGAUUCAAAUCCUCUUGUUCGCACCUACUCAAUGGAAUCCAGAUAUCAUCUACAAGCGUGACUCCAGCCAAUAUACUCACAGAUAUCCGACACCCGCUGGUCAUGGCGGUAACAUCCGUACCGUUGCAGGGAAGUUUAGCCUCGAAGACCUGCAUAGGUCCAUACUCCUGCUAUACCUCACGAUAGCUCGACGUACAUCGGGCAUCAUGGACUUUGGCCGACCCCCUUUGGAACUAGGGGAAUUCUUGGGAUACUUUGAUGUUCCGAGACGUGAGCCGAUCCCAGAUGAUAUAUCAACAUAUAUCUACCCAUAG